AUGAAAAGAUCACUGUGGAUGAUGUUAAAUACAAAUUUCUCAGUUUAUUCAUGGGGUUCUGGAUCAGCUGGACAAUUGUGUCUGGCAAACGAUCUGGAUGUGAGUGUACCCAGUAAAAUAAACCUCAGUCUGUCAAGAGCUCGUGAUUGUCGAUCCAUUGAGAAAUCAAACAUUGUCAAUAUCGAUAUUGAAAAUCAACAACAAAAACAACAACUUACAAUAAACAAUAUCACAUCAACUAUCAUCAACAAAAACAACAACAGUUCGUUGUUUUGCGCUACUCCCUCAGUGAAAAUCACUGGUGGUGGUUACCAUACUGUAUUUAUUUUCGAUCAACCCCAACAAGUCAGUGAAAAAGAAAAAGAAGAUUUAGAUCAAUAUCACCACGCCAACAAUGCUUACCAGCUCUAUGUAUGUGGAGGUAAUGAUUGUGGACAAUUGGGCACUGGGUUAUCUAACAACAUCAAUACUCUGACACCCUUGGACUUGUUACCACCAAUAGCUAAUAUCAGUAGAAGCGGUAGUAAUAGCAGUAGUAAUAGUGACCACAAGGUAUUGGAAGCAGCAGCAGGUUGGAAUCAUACCUUGAUUUUAGAUUCAAAUGGUUUAGUAUAUAGUUUCGGUUCAAAUAACCAUUCGCAACUUGGGUAUUCAACCCCCUCCACAACUUCCACAUCAAAUAGUAGCCCAAUACCAAAAACAAAUAUUAAUACUCUGCCAGAUUGUAAAUCAUCCUCCACAAGUGAAAUUGAAAAUUCUAUAUCCAAUUCUAUUAAAUCAUUAACAACAAACAACUUAGCAUCCAAUUUAACAACAACAACAACAACUAUUCCAACUACUACUUCUACUUCUUCUACUACCACUGUAAAAAAACCAAGAUUAAUCUUGAAAAGAAAACAACAAAACAACAACAAUGUAAAAAAUGUUAACCAAUUGAUACCGAGAGUGAUUGAACAUCUAAGGGGUAUAGCAAUUAAGAGUAUAUCCUGUGGAAUGAGACACUCAACUGCAGUUAGUAGCGAGCUAGAUCUUUUUGUAUGGGGGUGUAAUAAGUUUGGACAAUUGGGACUUGACGCCAAUCAAGAUCAAAUAGAUAUACCAACAAAGUUAAAAAUAAUUCAAUUCACCCAGCAGGACUCGGACUCCACUUUAUUAGAAGCACAGGCAACAAAGCAGACGAGAAGUAGCGGCAUUUGUAGUAUAGCUAAAGUAGCUUGUGGAGCAAAGCAUACCCUCGUCAUGAGUAGCGAUAAUCAACUUUAUUCUUUUGGUAGUAACAAGUUUGGGCAACUAGGACUUGGUGAUACACAAGAUAGGUUUAAACCAACAUUGGUGAAUAGUAAUAAUAAUAUUUUAAUAGAUAAAGAGUUUAAUAUUCAAUGUGGAUGGAGUAACAGUUGUCUAUUUAAUAAGGUGGAUGGUAUUUUAUAUUUAUGUGGUCGCGGUGACUAUGGACAACUUGGAAACGGUAAAUUUCAAGUGGAACCACAAACUAGUUUCCUACCUCUGCAGAGUCACCCAUUUGACAAAUCGAGGAUAUUAGACUACUCGAUUGGUUCCGAGCACCUGUUGGUUCUAACAGAGGACCUAUCGCUCUAUUCAUUUGGUUGGAACGAACAUUUCCAGCUUGGUCUAUGCGAAGAUGUCUAUCCUGGCUUAGACGGAGAGAAUCAAUGCCAACCAUGUCUAGUUAAACCUAUAACCGAAAUACUACAGAGCUGUAGUGGCGACUCGGCAGCACCAUUCGAUGACAUCCAUCAUCAACACCACCAUCAAAAAAAAUCAACAACAAAGGCUUUUGUAAAGUGUGGUAGUGGUCAUUCUUUUAUUAUUAUCCAAAAUUAG